GUGUGCGUAAAACGCCCCUUUUUCUGAUCACGCAUUCAAAGGCGAGACUAAAUUCAGCACCAGACCCAGCAGAUCCAUCAUCUGACACUGCAACAGUGGAGAGGACAUCUAUAGUCUAUUCCACAACAUUUAGAGGAGAGACCGGAGAGUAAAAUAAAAUGACUUAAUUAUUAAACAUUUUAAAUGGAUGUAAAUUAGUCUCUUUUUCCACUGAUGAACAAAAAAUAAUCAAAAACUGAACAGACAAAUCAAGAAAGCAAAGUUCUAAGAGGGAUGAACCGCAUUUAUGUCGACUCAACGGAAUUAAAAUUAUUUUUGCUAUAUCUUUAAAGAACCUGUGAGAUUGUUUGAGAAUGGAAAACUUCACAGUAUUUAACGAGACUCUGGAAACCUGGACGGACCGCAGUGUCGAAUACAAAGUGAUCAGCGUCCUCGUGGUUUUCCUCAUAUGCGCUUUCGGGAUAGUUGGAAACGUGAUGGUCAUCCUGGUGGUCCUCACAACCAAACAUAUGCGGACCCCGACCAAUGGCUAUCUGGUUAGUUUGGCGGUCGCAGACCUGAUGGUGUUGAUCGGAGCCGGUCUGCCGAGCAUAGCGGACAGUUUGUUCGGUUCAUGGAUUUUUGGACACGCGGGAUGCCUGUGUAUCACAUACUUCCAGUAUCUGGGAAUCAACGCAUCCUCGUGCUCCAUAACAGCCUUCACUAUAGAGCGAUACAUCGCUAUAUGCCACCCAAUCAAAGCGCAGUUUUUAUGCACGCUCUCGCGCGCGAAGAAGAUCAUUUUUGGAGUUUGGGUUUUCACGUCUCUUUACUGCGUAAUGUGGUUUUACCUCUCCGAUAUCCAACAGGUUCCCUACAAGGAUGUGACUAUAAUUACGUGCGCUUACAAAGUGUCCAGAAACCUUUAUCUACCCAUAUAUUUUGUCGAUUUUGGCAUCUUUUUCGUCCUGCCGCUCACUCUUGCCACUGUCCUGUACGGUCUCAUUGCGAGAAUCUUGUUUCUCAAUCCUCUCCCGUCGGACAAGAACGGACAUGACAACUUUUCCAAAGCCAAAAAGAACAAAAUGAAGAAUUCCAGCCGCUGCUCCAGUACAACCGCAGCAUCCAGAAGACAGGUUACAAAAAUGCUGGCAGUGGUGGUUAUACUGUUCGCUGCGCUUUGGAUGCCGUACCGCACUCUGGUGGUGGUGAACUCUUUCCUGCAAGAAGCCUACCUGGACACCUGGUUUCUGCUGUUCUGCCGCACAUGUGUCUACCUCAACAGCGCCAUUAACCCUCUUAUCUACAACGCUAUGUCUCAAAAGUUCCGCGCUGCCUUCAAAAGGCUCUGCCGCUGCGGACGCACCACCCUGGUGAACAAGGCAGCCUAUAGUGUUGCACUAACCUACAGUGUUGCCAAGGAAACGUCAACGGUGGGAAGCACUGGCCAUUUUUCAACCGAGAUAGACGAUUUGACACCGACAGACGAGCUGUUCCCUGAUAAGAAGCUUCUGUAUCCGGAGAACUGUGACUUUAAGGAGACUUUCAGUCAGGCUUGAGAAACCCACAACAGCUACACACAGCAUUAUCUCUGAGAGCUAGCGAUAUGCCGUAACACGACUACACAAACUGCAGGGACAGCACUUUGAAAGUUUCACUUUAUCUUUAUUAAAGUAAAAAAAAGUCAUACAGCCGAAUUCAUCUUCCCAUUGACUUGCCAAACAGUUCCCUUGAAACUGAAAUUAAGUUGCAUGGUUGCAUUUUUUGCUAAAGUCAUGAUUCUAAAUGAAAAUGGCAGCAUAUAGGCCGCCUAUCCCAUGUGAUGCAGGGUAAAUUGAAUACAUAUUGAUCUGAAAACAUCUUUAGGGAUUGCCAUUGUGAUUAAUGAGUAACCUUCUUCCUCUCCAGACCCCUGGGGGAAAAAUGCUGAAACUGCUUAAUUCUGCCGUUUCACUUGUUUCAAGAAAAUUCAAUGUGAGUUAACUUUACAUCCCACUGUAUAUAGAUAUGUAUAAUAUUUUUUUUUUUUUGGUGGAUAAACUCUAUGUGUAAGUCAUUGGCCAUCUGACAAUGUCACACUGAAAUAUAUUUAGACUCAAUUGUAUGUGCUCCAAGUUCAUUGUAAAUAAGCACAUUUUGGUGAACCAUGAAGGAAUGUAUCAAUACAAAGAUAAAGGAGACAUUACAACUAUUUCUUUCUUUUUUUUUUUUUGGGACUAAAUUGUAAUUAUGAGCCAUUAGCGCAACCAAUAGGAAAUGCAAAAUUAAUAUAUUUUUUUAUAUAUAUAUAAUAAAUAACUUUUGUUAAACACUCCCGUUGAUUGCCAUUGGUCGCUUAAAACAGAUUGUCCCGCCCCAAAUGCAUGCUAUCUCCAGUUUAAAUUUACAGAGAAAUGUUAAUAAGUGCCACACUGUGUACUGUGUAGACUUUAGGUGGAAUAAAUGUGAAUACCUUACUUAUAUUGAACGAACGGAUAGAACAAAUUAAAACAUUUAACAUCAAAUAUAUAUAUUUGCCUUUAUAUUUAUUUACAUACAAUAAAGAUUAUUUUGACUAACUUAUUAGAUGACUAUGAAUUAAUGUACCUUUUGUGUAAAAAAAAAACAUCUUACAUUUGAUGAAUGAGUAUUUCACCUUUUUAAUUUGCUCUAUUCAUGAAUUAGUAGACAGCAUAUGAUUGUAUUUGUGAGCUGACCAUGUUUUCUCAACAUAUGUGCAAAUGUGAAGUUGCAUAUUUUCUUUAUCACAAUUGAUGGUGUUUUCACUUAUUUACAAUGAAUGUGUUGUGUUAUGUUUUGAAUAUAAUAUCUUGAUGAUGGUGUUAGUGUGGUAAAUUGUCUCUUUAUGUCUCUUGGUUAGUCAGGUUUGCGGUCCAGUGUCAAUGAGUAGGCUAAGUGAUAUUUUAGUGACUUUUAGUUAAAAUUGAAACAGAUGUUUGCCGAAAAUCAGAAAGACAGCAUCUACACUGUAAAAAAAAAAAA